AACGGAAAUUAAUCGUCUUGGUUUCACUCCAAAUGAACUAGACAGUUUGCGCAAAUUCUUCACUGAAAAUGUCGAAAAAAUAACUGUUGUCGUGUCUUUUCUUCCUGACUACACGACAGAUGAUGAGAAACGGGGUGGACCUGUCGGUGUGAAUACAUCAACACUUUCAGAAAUAGUGCAAGUUGUAAAAGAAAACUCAGCAAUUAUGAAAGACAACUCGGAAAUUAUGAAAAGAAGUUUGGGUGUACUGAUUCAAAUUGAAAAACGCGAAAAUCGCGAACCUAAGUUUCCAAUUUACAGGAGCAUUGUUUUUGAACAGGUUCAAUAUAAUUACUUCCUUGCUGAGACUAAUUCCCACCUUGGAGACCUUCCCAAUUCCGUAUCUACAUAUAUACAAAACAACCCAAUGACUCAAAUAAUGACAGAGAAACAAGUUCAAAAUUGGUUCAAGAAUGUGAUGACUCGCUUGAGCUCAAAUUGGAAUAAUAACAUGGUUUUUAGGGAAACAAAUGAUACGCCAUAUCUCGAUGGAUACAAGCCAGAUAUCAGUAUUUUUAAUAUUGAUGACAUACCAAAUGAUGCUUUCAAUACCAUAGUUGUCCAAACGAUCCUGGAGUUGAAGAAGCACAAGAGAACUAUUGGCUUUUCCGACGAAGAAAAAGGGCAAUUGGUGGACUAUCUUCAUAUUCUUAUUGAACAACAACCAUUACGCAGAUUCUUCGCAAUAUUUUUAUCAGAUGGGACGUACUUAUAUGUUAUAGCCUUUGAUAGGAACACUAGUCAGUAUCAGGAAUAUCAGACUGAUUUCAUAACAGGAUUACGUCUUUUUCAUGCAUUGAUUUAUCGAAAUUCAGGCUAUGUAAAAAUAUGUGGGCCUACAAGCAUUGACCUUGUUAUUCCAGUCACUUCAAGUCGCACAAGAACUAUUAAAAUACGUCUGGAGAGGUUUCUAGGCGAGGGUUCAUCUUCAAAAGUAUAUAAGAUCAAUUGGAAUGGUAGUCCAACUGCUAUAAAAAUAUCUUCUGAUGUUAAUAAUUUGAAGCAUGAAGCACAAAUGUUGAGAGGAUUGAAAAAUCGUAAUUUUACAAAUGUUCCAGUACUUAUUGCAAAUGAUGAUAAUCACCUGGUUAUUCGGCCAGUUUGCAAACAAUUCAGAAAUGAUUUUAUUAAUAAUUUUAAGGCUCAAAAUUGUAAAGAGCUUCUAAACCUUUUGAAGCGUAUUCAUUCAUAUGGUCUUUAUCACCAAGAUGUUCGUCCUUCAAACAUCAUGCUAGAUACUGAAAGUAAUUCACUUGUACUUGUUGAUUGGGGGUCGGCGGUCCAUAAUCCUGAUAACAUGGUAGUGCCUUACAAAGGAACCACAACAUAUGCUUCACCUUCUAUCUUAGAUAAUGAUAUGGGAAAUUAUGUUCCAAAACCGGCGGAUGAUUUACAUUCUUUUGUGUUCACAAUGUAUGUUUUGCGAAAUCCACAGAAGAAGCCCGAUCUAGCAUUAUCAAGUACAAAGAAUAUCAAAGAUUACUGGCAUAGUGAACUAAAUGAUCGUGCACUAUGGAAAGAGAUGUUAAGUGCAAUAAAUAACAAUCAGAUUACUAUAUUAGAAAAAAUAUGUGACGUUUUUGAAAUUUAA